AAUUCCAACAUGGUGGCAAUAUGGUACACAGUUUGAAAAUGCAGGCCGUGUCAUGCUUUGAAAAAAAUCAUUUUAUACUUGAAUUUGGUGGAAAAUGUCGGACUCUAAACGUGCUAACCUUAUAACAGUGGGUGCUCCAAAAAGUGCAAAUAAUAAUGUGAACAAAACAGUGAGAUUAACUGUAAAUUUAGACGAAAGCAACGAAAGUAAAUAUCCAGAGCUGAAUUACAAGGAACUACUCAUAACAACAGCGAGAAAGAAGAGAGUGGAGAACGGUAAAAAAACGGGGCUGGACCCUUUUUCCGACAAUGAUGAUGAUGUCGAAAGGGUGGCCAGGAAGUUUGAACAGAAAUAUGGUGGCAAAAGUACAUAUGGCAGAAAAGGUAGAUCCAAAUACGAGGAGUUUGCUGACAUUGGUGCCGGCUAUGAUGAAAACGACUCGUUCAUUGACAACACCCAUGGUUAUGAUGAGAUGAUCCCCCCUGAAUGUGACACACUGUACGGCGGAUUCUACAUAAACUGUGGCUCACUGGAGUUCAAGACUGUAUCAGAGAACCAGACUGCGUCCGACGGUGAACCCAACAGAAGGAAUAAGAGACAAAUAUCGUCAAGCAGCAGCGAAGAAGAGUCAUCGGAGAGUUCUUCAGAGUCUGACAGCCAAGAGGCGAAGGAUCCUAAGGCCAUCACCAACGGAGACCUAGACUCACACAAGACUGAACACAGGAAGAAGAAGAACAAAAACAUUGAUAAGAAGAAAGCAAAGAAGGUGCGAAGAACAGAUUCUUCUGCUGCCACAUCUGGCAAACAGACUUCUGACGAUAACGUACACGGGGACGCUGAGAGCGCAGACUCCCGCACUUCCCAGUCGGACUCGCUGACUUCCAAACCCGCGCCGAGCUCGGAGAACGCCGUCACUUCCGAUAGCUCCAGAGACGUAGAAGCAAAAGUAGAAGUGAAGCUUCCGUCUCCAGUACGAGAGCUCCUGGAAGAGUUGGACGUACUAGUGCAGCAGGCCCGAGACAACCCUGCCCACGACAGCGCUAAGACUGACUAUUGUGUCGUCAGGUUGCACCAGUCGCUGGACCGCAGCGGCGCGGACGGCGCGAUGCGUCGCGCGGCGUGGCACCGCGCCGCCACGGCCACGCACACCUCGCGCGCCAAGCUGCUGCAGAUGGUGAAGAGCUGGAAGACUGAGCACAGCGCCGAAGACGCUGCAUCAGCACCAUCGGAAACAGCUCACCCAUCCGCGCCCGCGCCUUCUAGCACUAACACAACAAGUCAUAAGCGCAAAGCGGAAGACACUCUUGAGCAAUUGGACAUAAGUCGGUUGACUCCCGAUGAAAAGGAGGCUAAGAUCGUCGAGACUUUGCAAAGGCUCCAAGAAUUGAUAGAGGAGCGCAAGCCUGGUAUGAUCGCAGCCUACAACGCCGAGUGUGAAAGAGUGCAAGAGAAAAGGAAAAAGCUCCAACUCCAAUCAACAGUGGAGGGCGGACCUUAUGUAGACAAGCGCCUGCCCAAGCGGCGCUUCCCCUGGUGUCCGCGUGCCAGGUCGUUUCUGGCGCGCCUGGCGGCUUUGGCGGGCGAGCCGGAAGCCGCCGCCAAUCUGCUAGCCACGAGGGUGCUGAAGAUGUUCCCCUCAGGCUUUGUGCGGAUGCCUACCUUGCUGAGACAGGCUGAUUUGAGCAAAGAAAUCAAAGCGUCGGACAUAAAACGUCCGCGCUUAGGCUCGCAAUCAACCUCACAAUCCGUCAUAACGAGCACGCAGCAGUUCAACGAACAGAUACAGUUCCCAAGCUCCUUGACAGUAACCACGUCUGUCAAAAAUACUGACGACGACAAGGACAAAUACAAAGUCAACCCUGCUGCUGUGUUCGGAACAGUGCUGAACUCUUACUCCCUCAGCCAAGACCUAGUUAUAGAAAAGGAUGACAAGAAAAAGGAUUUGGAACGGAGUAAAGACGAUCUGUACAAUCCUCCAAGCACUAUAGGCAGUAUUACUAUAACCGCUGUACCUGCAAACCAAAAAGACAAGAAAACUAAUAAUGUUCCUGAAAAACCUAAAGAUGCGCCACUAAUAAGAGUCAAAUCACCUGCAGCGUUGAACGAAAUGGUCACAAACAAGAAGGAUAAAGAAAAAGAUAAAUACAAAAAGACAGAUAAAGAUAAGGAUCUAAAUCUUAAAAGAUUAGAAACACCACUACAUGUAGAUACAACAAAACAUAAAAGAUUAGACACACCUCUGCACGUAGACACGACGAAUCACAAUAAAAAAGAAGCAGAAAAGAGUCCGAAAACUAAAGAUAAACUAAGUAAAGAGGAGUUCAGUAAAAAACAGAUAGAAAGUAUGAGAAUAGCGGAGAGUAAUAUUCCAAGACCUGGUUUAGUAUCUGUUUCUCAUUCACCAACUUUCGCAAAACCUGACAAAAGACCACCGGAAGUUAAGAAAAAGAAAGACAUAGUAAUCGUUUCGGAUUUAGAUCCUUUAAGCGACGUAGUUCAGGAGCCGGUGGCUGUGGACGAUAGUAGCAGUGACGUUGAACUGGUUGAGGAGAAGUUAGUGGACAAAAGUGAACACAAAAGUGAAAAUAUAGUGCCUUUGAAGGACCGAAGUGACAAAAGUGAUAGUAAGAAAGUGAAGAACAAUGUCAAGGUUAGGAGUGGUGUUGAGAAAAGUGUUAGUGGUAAAGACUGUGUUGUGAGGAAGAAAACAGAUGAGCCCACUAAGGAGGAUUUUGAUUCUGUCAUGAGGGAUCUAAGUGAGAUGAAGCACUCUCAAGAACCCACUACCCUUAACUGCAAUUCCUAUGGUGUCAUCACCAGUGCAGCAAAGCACGAGUCUUCCAAACACACACACACCCGGCCCGUCGCUAUCGGCGAGCCGCGUAGAGAUAAGAACAAGUUAACGAACUUCUUUAAAGAAAAUGGAUGGAUAUAGCGCGGUCACAGGAUGAUGUGUGGCAGCAUCCCAGUUGCAAGAUGAAGAAGUCGUGAGAUGAUAUUGCUAGAUUGAUGAUAAAAAUAUAGAUGAUAUGAUAGUCUAUUUAUUGAAGAUGGCCGCUUAUUACGAUAGGAUCUAUAAUUGAUAAAUCUAAGAUUAAUGAGUGUGAUCAAUUUGUAUGAGUUUUUGAUUGAAAAAUUUAGUUCUUCCGUUCCCCAUACAAAGUCUUUAUACCUAAUGAUUUUUUUAUACCGCAUUUACACCAUGCAUUGUUGUCAUUUUCUGUUUACACCAAAAACAAAUUGUAAAAAAUAUACAUUCAACUGUCAAAUACAUAAGUUGUGGGGAAAGUAAAAGUUUGUCAAAAUUUUUUUACUUGACUCUACCUCAUCUGUUAACACUAGAGACAAAAUAUAUCUAUGUCUCAGUUUGACACAUAAUAUUUAUAAUUAUCAGAUCCAUAGACAUAGAAAAUAUAUUAUCUGCGUCUUAUAUCAAUACGUAUAUGUUUUUGACAGGUUGUCGA